AGAUAUAAAAUAACCGUCUUAAGACAAAUGCUUUUGUGAAACAUCUUAUGUUCCUAGGACUUUUGCGCAGUACUAUGUUGACAUAUCAAACGAAACAAAAUGGAGACUUCUCAGAUUCGCCAGAACUACGACCGUGACUGCGAGGAUUUGAUCAACAAGAUGAUGAACUUGGAGCUUUAUGCUUCCUACACCUACACUUCAAUGGCUUACUAUUUCAAACGGGAUGAUGUCGCCCUUCAUGGUUUUGCCAAGUUCUUCAAGGAAAACAGCGAGGAAGAGCGCGAGCAUGCAGAGAAAUUUAUGGAGUUCCAGAACAAGAGGGGUGGACGCAUUGCUCUUCAGGACAUAAAGAAACCUGAGCGUGAUGCAUGGGGUAAUGGUCUGAUUGCUAUGCAGUGCGCUCUGCAGCUGGAGAAGAAAGUCAACCAGGCACUGCUGUAUCUGCAUAAGGUUGCCUCUGAGAAGCAUGACCCUCAUCUGUGUGAAUUCCUGGAGACUCACUACCUGAAUGAGCAGGGUGAAGCCAUCAAGAAGCUUGGUGAUCAUAUCACUAACCUGUCCACGAUGGAUGCUGGCAACAACAGGAUGGCGGAGUACUUGUUUGAUAAGCACACCCUGGAUAGACAGAGCUAAA